UCAGUCAAUGAAAAUAAUCACUAGCUAUAUGUGUUUUUCGGUAUUGUGCGUGGUACUGCUGUUGGUGAUACGCGAAAAUCGUAAUUACGUUGCCGCCUACACGCACGUAUUUAAAUUUUACACGUUUUUGUGCAUUUAGUGUUAUAUUGAUUCAAAAUGACCAACGCUCCUGUGAAAAAGGUCCCCAUCCAUUUGCAGAGUUCACAGAACCGCCUUCUGAUCAAAAAUGGUCGUGUCGUCAACGAUGAUGGCAUGGAGGACGCAGACGUGUAUGUUGAGGAUGGAAUCAUUAAGCAAAUGGGUCGCAACCUCAUCAUCCCAGGCGGUACCCGGGUGAUCGACGCGACUGGCAAGCUGGUGUUACCUGGCGGUAUCGACCCUCAUACUCACUUGGAGCUGGAGAUGAUGGGCGCGAAGACAGCUGAUGACUUCUACACGGGGACAAGGGCUGCGGUCGCGGGUGGUACCACAACUGUCAUCGAUUUCGUGCUGCCGCAAAAAGGUCAAUCUCUUAUCGAAGCUUACAACCAUUGGAGGGAAAAGGCAGAUAAUAAGGUGUGCUGUGACUACGCGCUGCACGUGGGCGUGACCUGGUGGUCUCCCAGCGUCGCCAAGGAGAUGCAGCAGCUGUGCUCCGAGGAGUAUGGCAUCAACUCCUUCAAGAUGUUCAUGGCGUACAGAGACACCUGGAUGCUGGAUGACUACCAUUUGUACAUCGCUAUGGAAACCUGCAAGCAGUUAGGAGCAUUGCCUAUGGUGCACGCCGAGAAUGGGCAUAUAAUAGCUCGUAACACGGAGAAGCUGCUGGCUGCGGGGAAGACGGACCCUGAGGGCCACGAGCUGUCCCGCGACGAGGAGGUGGAGGCUGAGGCAGUUAAUAGAGCCUGCGUCAUCGCUAAUCAGGCCAACAGUCCUCUGUACAUAGUGCACAUGAUGUCCCGCAGCGCGGUGCGGGCGCUGGCGGCCGCGCGCCCCAGGCAGAAACAGCCUGUGUAUGGAGAAACACUCGCCGCUACUAUCGGCACUGAUGGAUCGCAUUGCCGCAACGCGUGUUUCCGUCACGCGGCGGGCCACGUGAUGUCCCCUCCCCUGCGCUCUGACCCUGACACUCCGCAAGCGUUGCUAGAAGCCCUCGCAGAUGACUGCGUGCAGCUGAUCGGUAGCGACAACUGCACUUUCCACGAGAAGGACAAGGCUAAGGGUGAAGGCAACUUCUCCAAGAUCCCCAACGGUGUGAACGGCGUAGAGGACCGCAUGGCGAUACUGUGGCAAAAGGGAGUCAACACUGGUAUAAUGGACCCGUGCCGCUUCGUGUCAGUAUCAAGUGCGACGGCGGCGCGCGUCUUCAACCUGUGGCCGCGCAAGGGCCGCGUGUGCGUCGGCGCGGACGCGGACCUCGUGGUCUGGGACCCGCGUCUGCAGCGCACCAUCUCCGCAGCAUCGCACGCGCAUGCUGUCGACUUUAACAUCUUUGAGGGUCAGAACGUGGUGGGCAGUCCUCAAUACGUGGUGGUGAACGGCCGCGUCUGUCUCGACGACGGAGACCUCAGGGUUGUUGAAGGUUUCGGUAAAUUCUUGAAGACGCCAGUGAUGAGCCCGUACGUGUUCGGAGGCGAAGCGCCCCGCGCGGGCUCCGCCUCGCCGCGCGCGACCUCGCCCGCCCCCGCCCCCGCGCCGCACUCCCCCGCACCCCCGCCCAGGGUCACCAACGGCACCCCCACACCCACCACUGAGCUGAUGCUGAGCAAGCAGCUGGAGUCGGCGCUGUCCUCGGGCUGCAGCACGCCCACUGGCCGCAAGAUGCGCGAGCCAGGCCAGCGCGACCUGCAGAACUCCACCUUCUCCAUCAGCAAGGAGCUGGAAGGAGCAGAGACGAAGACAUCAGUGCGUGUGCGCAACCCGCCCGGCGGCAAGUCCUCCGGCCUCUGGUAAAGACCGGUCUGUACCGGCCUAGUCCGGACCAGUCUGUACCAGUGUAAUAUGGUCCGGUCUGUACCGGUGUAUUCCGGUCCGGUCUGUACCAGUGUAGUCCGGUCCGGUCUGUACCGGUUUCGGUCUGCAGCUUACGGCUUUAGCUUGUGAAAAAAUGUCUCGGAUGUGUCUUAUUUUAUUAUUUAUUUUAAGAAACAGAAAUGAUGAAUGGAAAAUUAUGUUUAUUGAUUUUAAUAUAUUUAAUUAUAAUUUAAUUGACGUAUAUUUAAUUUUGAAAGCAUUUUUUCAUAAACGCAAGCAUAUUUUUAGUUCGUGCUUGUUGCGAACAUACUCUGUUAUUUACCAACACAAAUCUUUAUUAAAUCUGUCAAAAUGUUAUCUUAUUUUCAUACUUAUUUGAACACAAUAGGGUUUAUUUUUGCUUUUACUUUUGAUAGAUUUGAUGAGGCUUUAUGUUAUCUCUUUGUUAGACUGCUUAUUAAAUAGUGCAUGACAUUUUAAUCGUUUCAUUAUUAAUAUUUAUUCGGUUUCAUAGACUGAUUUUGUAAGGAUUAUAGUUAAAAAUUGACUUUUUGUAUCUCAGGAUAGAAUAUAGAAAAUUGUGUUUUUUUUUCAUCAGAAUGUGAUGUCAAAUGGAACCAAUGUUUUCUAUGUUAGAGUUUUUUAUAUUGUAGGCUUUAUUGAAAUAGAGAAUUUACACAAUAAUAUUGGUAAUUCUAUUGCAAGUAUAUUUAGUUUUAGUUUUCUAGUGAUUGCAGAAAUUGUUUUUUCUUGUUGAUUAUUACACUUUUAAUAGUUAGAAAUAGUUUAACUUUGCAUCUCAAGUUUCCUUAUUCAUGUUGUAAAAGAUAGUGAAGAUAGAAUUUACCUUUUGUAAUUUUUUACACAAACGGGGAAUAAGCCAUAAGUUAAAAAAA